AUGCUUCGCCUUCAGCUGACGCUGUGUUGUCACCAGCGCCGUGCUCUGUGGUCGCUAUGCGUGACUGUGCUUAUAACGGGGGCGGCGAUGAGAGUUGUCGCGAGGGAUGAGGCUGUGCUGGUGGGCUGCAGCGGGUUCGUCAAGGUGAGGCGUAUGCUGUCGUGUGUGAGGCGCGUACUGUCGUGUGUGAGGCGCGUGCUGUCGUGUGUGAGGCGCGUGCUGUCGUGUGUGAGGCGCGUGCUGUCGUGUGUGAGGCGCGUACUGUCGUGUGGUGAGGCGCAUGCUGUCGUCUGGUGUGGUGCAUCGUGUGGUGAGGUGGCGCAUUACGGGGUGUGUGGUGAGGCGGAUCACGUGGUCGAGCUACAGUCCCAUGACGGCAGCUUCGUGCAUGAGAGGACACACUGUGACGAGGAUGGAUACUACUUGCUCAUGCCUCCUUCCCUCCAGUCCCCCCGGUUUACCUUUGCUCCCUCCCCUCCUCUCUCCCUCCCUUCCUCCCUCCCCACCUUCCCUCUCCCACAUGCCACUCUCCUCCCGCCCUCCCUCUCCCACAUGCCACUCUCCUCCCGCCCUCCAUCUCCCACAUGCCACUCUCCUCCCGUCUCCCCCCUUCCCUCUACUCUGCUCUCGUCUCCGCCUUCCCCCCUCAUUUUCCCCUCCCACGAGUCCUUCCUCAUCGCCCUCCACUUCCCCGUGACCCCUUUUGAGGGGUCUCCUCCCGUCUCCCCCCUUCCCUCUUCCCUCUACUCUGCUCUCGUCUUCGCCUCCCCCCCUGAUUUUCCCGUCACAUGA